GCGCUGCCUCCUAAUCCUUAAACGCCAGUCCUUCCGUAUUCUCUCGGAUCCACAGCAGUAGCUACUUUUGUGUGUCUUGCUGAGAAAACGUUACAGCAGCACGAUGAGUAGUGAAAAAUACCCCAGAUCUUCAAUUGAAGACGACUUCAACUAUGGCACAAAUGUUGCUACAGCCAGCGUACAGAUACGCAUGGACUUCCUGAGGAAGGUGUACACCCUCCUGAGCUUGCAGAUCAUUCUGACCACAGCCACCUCUGCCCUCUUCAUGUUUUCUCAAACCAUCAAGGAGUUUGUCCACUCCAGUCCUGCUGUGGUCUUGGUUUCGGCUCUCGGCUCUCUGGUUCUUCUGCUGGCCCUGGCCGUGUACAGACACCAACAUCCAGUCAACCUCUACCUUCUGCUCGUAUUUACUCUUCUGGAAGCAGUGUCUGUGGCCACAGCUUUGACCUUCUAUGAAUACUCCACUGUACUGCAAGCCUUGUUCCUGACCUGUGCUGUGUUUGCUGGACUAACGACCUACACCUUCCAGUCCAAGAGAGACUUCAGCAAAAUGGGAGCAGGACUGUUCGCCUGCCUGUGGAUCCUCAUUAUUGCAAGCUUCAUGAGGUUCUUCUUCAACAGUGACAGCACAGAGCUGGUCCUGGCUGGAGCCGGGGCUCUGGUCUUCUGUGGUUUCAUCAUCUAUGACACCAACCUGCUGAUGAAGCAGCUCUCCCCUGAGGAGCACAUCCUGGCCUCCAUCAACCUCUACCUGGACAUCGUCAACCUCUUCCUACACAUCCUGCGUGUCCUUGACUCUAUGAAGAAGCACUGAAAGCUGCAGUAGCACUUCAGACUGCUUUAUUCAGCUCUAACAGUGCUGUGUUUGUUUAGUGAGUGUUGCUGUCCUGAAGUUCACCAAAAUUGAGAUUUUAGGGAGGGAAACUGUUUUGCUUGGUAAACUGUGUUUACAGGUAGCUGUACUGUGUGCUUUUGUUUAUUUACCAAACUAAUUUUUGUAGCUGAUGUUUUGCUUUUGUAUUAAGUUAAUUAGAUCUAUAUCAAGUCAAUUCUGUUUAUUCUGAAACCAAGAUGUACUCAUUCUAUUAUAAUCCAAAUAUAAAAGUACAGUACAUGAUUUGCUACAGAGCCUACUAGCACCCCCACCUGGCCUAAUUGCAGCUCAUCCUGUGUUUUUGGUCCCAGUUAGACAUUUAUCAGUUUUUCAGUUGCAGAUCCACUUUUGGUGUUCUAGUGAGUAUUUCUGGCAGGACAAUGUUAGUGAGAUUGAAUCAAAAUAAACUACAAUAGAGCUCUAUGACACAGAGAAAUCACAUAUAUCGGGCUUGGUUUUGAUUUGUUGACAGCAAAAGUUUUCAGUAUCUCUUCGGAUCUAUCAUUCCCCUCAUUGUUGAAUGUUUUCAAUGUGGUCAACAUUUUGUAGUUUAUAUUUGAUCUGUGUGCUUCCCUUCAAAAUAUCACUGCUGUCUGUAAAGCUACAGUAAGUUACUUUUAUAAAAAAUUACUUUUUGUCAUAUUGCCUUAAAUUUUAACUGUGUCCUGUCUGCAAAAAAGAAUCCACCGGGCCUGAACGCAAACAACAAAUCAGAGCCAAGAAAGCUAGAAUGAUGCUUUGGGUAAGUGGCUUGAAGAUAACUGAGUGUCAUUCCCAGGUUGUGAAAUACGCUUUGAGUCCUGGGAAUGAGACUCAACAAUCAACUAUAUUUCUCAGCUCUGAUUGGUUGUUUUCAGGCUCUGGGGAUUCUGGUAAAGGCCAUUAGAAACACUAGGAGGAGCCAGAGGAACCAGAUUUUCCCCACAUUAUCUGUCAAGAACUACUGUCAGGAUAUAGUGAAAGUUUUAAGUAAAUAAUACAAAAAGUUUUCUAAAUAAUAAUUUUUAAAAAGGUUACCUACUGCAGCUUUAAUGGUGCACAAUAGCAAGAGGACACGCAUUGAGUUUAAUGAAGUUAAAGUGCAUGCCUGGGUAUAUUCGGAUCUGUGAUUGUACAUAUUUUUAUGUUGUAAAUGUUAUAGUGUACAGUUUUGGGGAUUUAGAGCUGAAACACUAAAACGAGUAGUACUGAAGUUAGUGAAGAGUCAAAUAUGGGCUUUAUAUGUAUCAGUGUAUCAAGAUAUGGAUAAUAUUAUCAAGGGAUUAACUAACUGUUCUUAAGAAAUGAUUUAAUAAAAAGACCACAUGCAAUCUGUUUUAUUUUCAAAUAACAGUUGUACGUGUCUCAAAUGAUAUGAAAUUGACUCUUGGUUUUGCACUGGAUUAACAGCAGAUAGGUCUUUGUGUUGUGUUGAUUAAUUGCUGUUCUCUUUUUGCUCUUCAACUGCUGUAAACUGUUGUAUAAAGCUACCACAAUCAUGUGGAAAUAAAGAUUGCCAUAGUUUUCAGCUCAAAAA